CACGCAGCUCAACUCCGAGACUUUCUUACUUUCUUCUUCUUCUUUUACGCUUUUCCCGUCAGGAAUCCCAACGCACGAUGUCUGAAACCGCACCUGCCGUGCCUCCCGCUCCGGCCCCUGCCGAGAAGACGCCCGUGAAGAAGAAGGCCCGCAAGUCCGCCGGUGCCGCCAAGCGCAAGGCGUCCGGGCCCCCGGUGUCCGAGCUCAUCACCAAGGUGUCCAAGGAGCGCAGCGGCGUGUCCCUGGCGGUGCUCAAGAAGGCGCUGGCGGCCGCCGGCUACGACAUGGAGAAGAACAACAGCCGCAUCAAGCUGGGCCUCAAGAGCCUGGUGAGCAAGGGCACCCUGGUGCAGACCAAGGGCACCGGCGCCUCGGGCUCCUUCAAGCUCAACAAGAAGGCGGCCUCCGGCGAGGCCAAGCCCAAGGCCAAGGAGGAGGACGCGACCAAGAAAGUGGCCAAGAGUCCGAAGAAGGCCAAGGCGCCCAACCCCAAGAAGUAA